AUGGCUUCAUCUUCAAAUUCUCCAUGUGCAGCCUGCAAGUUCUUGAGACGAAAAUGCCAACCAGAAUGUGUUUUUGCACCUUACUUUCCACCGGAUCAGCCUCAAAAAUUCGCUAAUGUUCACAAAGUGUUUGGAGCAAGCAACGUGACGAAGCUUCUGAACGAACUCCACCCUCACCAACGGGAAGAUGCUGUCAACUCUCUAGCUUAUGAAGCCGAUAUGCGGCUCCGGGAUCCAGUCUAUGGUUGCGUUGGUGUCAUCUCCCUCCUCCAACACCAACUUCGCCAACUUCAGGUGGAUCUUACUUACGCAAAAUCCGAGCUUUCAAAGUACCAGAACCAUAGCCAUAACCUAAACGGCUCAGCCACUCAAGGACUUAUCGCCGCUGCUGCUGCGGCGGCAGCAGCAGCGACCCACCACCAAACCCUAGGAAACAAUUUGAUAUCAUCAUGUUGCGGUGGCGGAGUCACUCGAGACCAUCUGUUCCACCCCCACCACCACCCACCGUUCUUCACCGGUAGAGAUCAGCAAACGUCCGCCGCCAUCAGGGCUUUUGAUGUCAACAAUAAUUACGAUACUACCGCGAGUGUUCUUGCUAUGAACGUAUCGGCCAUUGGUAUUGGUCAACACCCUCAAUUCCAGCAACCUAGAGCUGCUGGAACCGAUGAUCGGCCAACACCGAUCGAUCCUUCUUAG